CAAAGUCAAGAAAAUGUUGAAUGCGCAGACCUCUUUUGCUGCGCAUAGCUUCUCUCUGAAACCAGUCGAACAGUCAUCCAGCACGGCUACAUGGUCACCAAAUGAUCCGCCACCUCAAAGUUUUUCCUCUUCUUCAUCGCAGGACCCCGUCGCAGGUCUAUCAUCCCUACACACUCCCACCGUAAACGGAUCUAUCAGUAAUACAGCAUCCAGUCUGGUGAGCUAUCUGCACAAUCGAACCGCCGAGGAUCUGCAUAUCAUAAGGGAAACUGCGGAGGGUUUUGCUUCGUGCCUUGCUGCUGAUCACGCAGCGGUACUGAAUCCUGACGUGGAUUCUCCUUUUGUUGAUGCAGUGGAUGUUGUUCAUCGGCUUCUUCCAUAUCACGUCUUUCAACAACCUCAAGAAGACCUAAGGACUGUCACUGAAAGGAGACGUGCGAAAGGGAAGGGGAAGGCCCACGAUGUCAUCCGGGAUGAAAUUGAAGACACUCAAUUUGCACUGGAAUGUCACCGUCGACUGAGAAAACUUCAGGCGCGGUUCCGACGCGCUAAAAUGAAGUCCGGCGUGCGACCUUCGCCAGACGAUCAAUCAUACGUGCUGACUCAAGCUGUAGUAGAGUACGAACGGGCAGAAACCUCAUCUGUCAGCACCGAGUUACGCAACGCACGGAACGAACUGGACGCGUCACAACGUGAAAAACGCGUCGCGGCAAAUGUUACCGUCAGUUCCUUUCGCCCAGCCUAUUAUCCUCAAGCCUCCCAAGCCCAGUACUAUCGCACGUACCCAUACGCAUUCACUCAACCAUAUACCAAUACCUCUCAAGGGACUACAACGUCGAGUUUUUACUCGACGCCCUCAUCAACUGCUUCAGCCGCUACCACUACGACAUCGACUUCUGGUGCAAUUCCAGUACAGCUACCCGUUAGUUCGUUGUCCUCCCUUCAUGCUCUCGGAAUAGUGCCUAUCCCCGCUGCGUCGCUCCCGCCUCCAGAUCAGCCACAGCCAGCAGCUGUGCUACGAGGGUCUACUUCCAAUGGAACAAUUUUGAGUCUAGAGAUAAAUGUGUCGCUGCUACAGUCACCGCAAGUGAGCGGGUUGGCAUAUUUAUUGAAUACUAUGAUGUCGAGGGGUGUGUCUUCUGGGCAAGGGAAUACUAGUUCGACGACAGGAGGACAGCCUUCUUCUGUUGCUACGUCGGACACCGCGGCUUCAUCACAUACGGCUGACAACGGCACGCUUGGAGUAGUCGAGCAGGGAGAUGGGUCAGCUUGAUGGGUAGGACAUUUGUUCUUGUCACACCUACGGUCGUGCAAUAAGGUAAUGCGAGUUAUAGUAAUAGUUACUAUGUUGGCGAAGUCUCUGGCCUACAUAAUUCAACGUGAAGCGGUAUUAUCACGCUGGCUUGUAUCACUGUGCGAAUGUUGGUGCGAAGAUCGAGGACAGUACUAC